AUGUUGAAACAAAAACUUAAUCGUAUCGCCCCGGUUGAAGGUAAUAACGAAACCCCCGAAAAUCAAAUUUUUGCAAUUGAAUCAGAAACAUCCCCCUACUUCAAUCAAACCUCCUCCAAUAGAACUGCUCCUGAACCAGACUUAUCUACAAGUACAAGUAACAUUCCCGAAACAGAACAAACAUGCACAGAAAACGAGGGUCCCCAAACCUUCGAAGAUCAAAUAUUAAAUUUACACAAGGAAUUGACCGAAGGUAUAAACUCAUUAGACAUCUUACCUCGACUCUCUCCGCCGAUUGAAUACAUUUACAACCCGCUAGACUACGCUUUCAACAUAUACGAAUCGUAUAUACGCAAAUACUGCAAAACGACGAAAAAAAUAGUAAUGGUGGGCUUGAAUCCCGGAGCGUUCGGAAUGUGCCAAACCGGAGUGCCUUUCGGCGAUCCGAAAAGCGUCAAGCAAUUCCUUGAAAUCGAAGGUACCGUAACCAAGCCCGAGCUGGAAUGCCCCACAAGGCCUAUACUCGGUUUCUCGUCCACUCGCAGCGAGCAAAGCGGCCAGAGGCUGUGGAAGUUCUUCCAAAGCAUCUGCGGCACCGCCGAUAAGUUUUUCGCGCACGCCAUCUUGUUCAACUUCUGUCCGAUCACGUUGCUACUUGGAACUGGUUUGAAUGUAACACCUGAAGAAAUUAAGAAUAUUCAGGUUCGCAAUGAAUUGGAAUCGGUUUGUCAAGAUUGGUAUCUGAAGAUAAUCCGGUUGCUGCAACCUGAAUACAUCCUGGCGAUUGGGAAGUACGUUGAAAAGAAAACCAAUGUGUUGUUCAAAACUCACAGCAUCGACAAUAUAAAAGUAAUAUACAUGCCCCAUCCGAGCCCCAGAGUGGCAAAUAACCAAAAUUGGCCGGAGAAGGCGCUCAAGUGCUUGGAAGAUAACGAUUUACUGCGUUACUUUCGCGAUUAAUAAUCGAUUUACGUGCAACAUGUCCGUACUAUCAGAACGCGAACGAUCCUUCAUGGAUAAAGCGUUCGAUUUCGCGAAAGUAGCCCUGGAAAAUCUGGAAGUGCCGGUCGGUUGCGUGUUUAUCUACGACAAUAAAAUAAUAGCCACGGGUAGGAAUACCGUUAAUGAGACGCGCAACGCCACCCGUCACGCUGAAAUAAACUGCAUCGAUAUCGUGCACGAUUACUGCCAAGCGAAUGGCUUGGAUUCCGAAUCGGUGUUUUCUAGUUUGUCCGUUUACGUGACUGUAGAACCCUGUAUUAUGUGCAUGGCUGCUCUGUACGGUUUGAAAGUGAAGAGUAUAGUGUACGGGUGUCAGAACGAUAGGUUCGGAGGUCGUACAGUGUUCGAUGUCAAGUCGAUUUCGAGUCCAGUGACGGAAUUGAACGGUGGUUAUCGCAGCGAGGAGGCCAUGGAACUCUUGAAAGAAUUUUAUAGGGGUACGAAUCCCAAUGCGCCACCUGGUAAAGCUAAAGUGAAGAAAAAUUAGAGUAAAUUUAAAUUUUUAAUUAAAUAUGUAUAGUAUAUUAGUGGAUAUACAUACUAUGUUUUGAUAGGUUUAAUAAGGGCUACUUUCAUACUUUUUAUAUGUGACAUUUCCUACAAGUUUUAUAACUAAUUUUUUGUGCA